AUGACUUCCGCUACAAGCUAUGAUCUGGUCCAAAAGUUUAUCGAAACACAACAUAUUAAAUUUCUGAAAAUCCAAACUAAAGAAACCCAAAAGACCCAGUUCAAAAUCUACAGACGUCUUACUCGUAAUAAUACGCCAGAUACAGAAACACCCACUUUGAACUGUGGUGCCAUACUCAACAAAAGCGGAAAACCCAUACCACCGGAAGUCCAAACUCUGAUCAGCCUAGGCCCCAAAUUUGCGCUCCCUAUUAGCGACAACAUUAAAGCUCCGAUGUUUCAUAUGAUAGCCGAAAUAGAAGCAAUACUCAACACCAAAUCUGAUAAAACAAUCCAAGACAAAAAUCGCUGCGUAAUCGUCAAUAAAAUUCAAAAUUACCUGUACAGUACGCGUAUGACAGGUUUCAAGAACCCGGCUAUCUCUUUCUACAAAAAUGCAAUCAAAACCACAAAAAAAUUCAUCUCUGAUAAUAAGGAUAUCCUAAUAUUACAAUCAGACAAAGGAAAAAGAAUGGUUGUAAUGGAAAGAGAAGAUUACAAUAACAAGAUGCUUCAUUUACUCAACGAUCCCACCUACGAAAUUUUAAAUAAAGAUCCGACCAACAAAAUCGCCAAGCAAACCAACAACAUCAUCAAUAGACUACUCAUGCUCAAACUCAUUGAUAAAAAAACAGCAACAUUUCUUGAAUCCAAGAACCCAAUCCGCCCCUGCAUCUACGGCCAGCCGAAAGCUCAUAAACCUGAUCUGCCACUACGCCCGGUCGUCCCAAACAUCACCGCUCCAACAUACAAACUGGCAAAAUAUGUUUCUCAAAUCCUACAGUCAUCGUUCAAAAGCCAAUACAACAUCAAAGACUCCUUCCAGCUAGUAAAAGUUCUUCAACAAAUCAAACUACCGCCUGAUUACAUACUGGUGUCCUUUGACGUAGUGUCACUGUUUACAAACACCCCCAAACGUCUCAUAACACACGACAUCAUCAUGAACUGGGACACUAUUGGAAAAGCAACGAACAUAAGCCUAGAUCUGUUCAUCGAAAUAAUAGAGCUCUGCUUGGAGAGCUGCUAUUUCUGUUUCGGUAACAAGUUCUACCGGCAAAAAGAAGGAACUGCUAUGGGUAGCCCUUCCUCACCAAUUCUAUGCGACUUAGUGAUGGAAGGUCUUCUGAGAAAUUGUACGAGAAAAAUCAAUUUCCAGAUACCUGUGCUGAUUAAAUACGUAGAUGAUCUGUUACUAGCCCUCCCCAAAGACCAACUGGAUUACGUUCUACACACAUUCAAUUCAUACCAUCCAAAACUACAAUUCACAAUGGAAGUGUCCAAAAACAACUGCAUCCCGUUCCUCGAUACCGUCGUCUCUAUGAACGAAGAUAGAACCCUAAACACCGAGUGGUACAGUAAAGAAAUUUCAUCCGGCCGACUGCUCAACUACUUCUCCUUCCAUCCACUCAACGUCAAACUUAACGUCGCUCGAAAUUUCAUCAAACGAGUGAUUAUGUUUGACACCAGAAACCAAACAUCGAAACAACACACCACCAUUCACAAAAUGCUCCGACUCAACAACUACCCCAAACAUCUCAUCAAUCGCCUGAUAAACCGUGAAUCAACCAUAGUCCAGAAAACUAAACAACUCAACCAGCAUCCACCUCCAACCACUCCAACAUCAUUCAUCCAACCGCAAAUAGCCGUCACUUCAGUAGAAUCACCAGCAAUAUCCAUCCAGCCGACAGCAAACAAUAACCAUCAUCACUCAACAACAGCAGAACAACAUACAUCACCGAUCACCACGUCCAGCCAGCACAACGACGAAUGCCUUCAACUCCAACAUUUUCCGCUCACCUAUAUUCCAAACCUGUCGAACAGCAUCGCAAAACUCAUCAAAAAUGAUUACGCCAACAUCAGAAUCGCCAACAGCAUUCCUAAGCCUCUUGGAAUAUUCCUGCCAAGAGUUAAAGAUCCGAUUGCCCCAUCCGAAACGCCGAACAUCGUUUACUCCAUCCCGUGUCAUAGCUGCUCCAAACAAUAUAUAGGAAUGAGCCGAAACAGCUUAAAAACACGGCUCGUUGGACACAAGUCUAACGUUAAAAAGUACGAGCAGCUAUCCGACAGAGGCAUUACCCGCACCGAUGCAGAGAUGCAGAGCAUGCGAGACAAUUGCACUGCUCUCAUUGCUCACAUCAUCGACGAAUCACACACAAUAGACUUAGACAACGCCAAAAUCAUCGAUAGAAGCCGAAGGUCCAGUUCUCUCCCGAUACUAGAAAUGUGCCACAUCUACACCAACACCAAUACACUAAACUUUAGGACAGAUGUAAACAAUCUUAGCUCUACAUACUCUAACAUUUUACAAAGUCUCACGAACACUCAAAACACCAAAUCCAAAAUAAAAACAAAUGUUAGUGACAUAAAUAAAACCAAUAACACCAAUACACAAAAUAAAAUCCGCCAUCAGUAA